AGCCCAUAUAAAUCCUCAACUCGCAAUCCGCGAUUGUUUAGUCGCCGGUGAGGCCGACGGGGCUGGAGCGUGUCGAGCUGAUACACGGACAGUACUUGAGAAAGACAAAGUCGAAGUAAAUAGAGAGGUCUGACAUCUCUUUUACCACUGAGAGUAAAGAUGCCAUCUGCGAGCGUUGGCGACUAUGCUGUUCAGUCCUCCAGUCCCGAGCUGGGCUCUGCCCAGACAGCAGGAGCUCCAUCCGAGGCCUUGAAGCAAGUCCUGAGCAUCAUCGAGAAGAAGGUUCGCAACAUGGAGAAGAGAAAGUCCAAGCUGGAAGACUACAAAGCAAGGAAGAGCAAUGGCGAGCGGCUAAAUCAGGAUCAGCUGGACGCCUUGUCCAAAGCUCAGGAGGUGUCAAAUAACUUGGAGUUUGCUCGGGAGCUGCUGAAGAACUUUACGUCUUUGAAUAUUGAGAUCCAGAAGGCAGUGAAAAAGACAGCGCGGCGGGAGCAACUUAAGCGGGAGGAGGUGGAGAGACAGCGACUGAAGGCAGUGCUUGAGGUGCAGUAUGUGUUGGACCAACUGGGUGAGGAGAGCGUCAGGCAGGAGCUGAGGCAGGCUGUCGGAAGUGGCAGCGGGGACGAAGGACCUCUGCUCUCUGAGGCUGAACUCACUGGCCUUGAUGAGUUCUACAAGUUGGUUGGCCCUGAGCGAGACCCCAACAUUAGGUUGACUGAUCAGUUUGAGGAGGCAUCUGUACAUUUGUGGGAGCUCUUGGAAGGAAGGGACAAAGCUGUGGCUGGAACCACAUAUAAAGCCCUUAAGGAAACCCUGGACAAGAUACUGCUAAGUGGAUACUUUGACCGGGCACAGACGCAUCAGAAUGGAGUGUGUGAGGAGGAGGAGGAUGAGGAGGAGCAGCAGCAGCAGCAGCAGCAGCAACAGCCUGCUCCUGCAGAGUCCUCUGAGAGUGAGGAGCAGCCAGCAGAGCCAGAGGGGUCUGUCACUCAAGAAUUCACGGAGACCAUUGAGGUGGAAGCAACAGAGUUCAUAAACCGACAGUUCAUUCCAGAAGCUGCAUACACCAGUACUGACAAAGAACAAGGAGGAGAGUGGGGUGUGAGCUCUGAGGUUGUAAGCUCCCUCCAGCAACAGCAGCAGCAGCGACCACCUUCAGCGAUGAGCCCAGCUCUGGUCAGCUCAGAGGCUCAUGCGCUGAACCCUGUGCUCCCUCCUCCUGCAGCUGAUCCUUUAGUCAGGAAGCAGGCAGUGCAAGACCUAAUGGCACAGAUGCAGGGCACCUACAACUUCAUGCAGGACUCCAUGCUAGAGUUUGAUGGACAGUCCUUGGAUCCUGCUAUUGUAUCAGCUCAGCCUAUGAAGUCUGCACAGAUGGUCUGUGCUCCAGCUCAUACAGAAUCCAGACUCCCUCAACACAACACAGUUCCUGUACAUCCAGAACCUACACAAGUUCCCAUGGUUUCUCCUCCUGCUGAAGCAUAUGCCUCCACACCACCUCUCUACCAGCCCACCCACAGCUCAGACCCCCGGCCAACUAGCGAUGCCAUCGACCCUCUUCAGGUGUCCAUGCCCCUGUCGUCUGAGCAGCCCCCUGCCCCUUCCUCCCAGCCUCAGGUCUUUCAAUCUGUCUCCAAACCCCUCCACAGCGGCAUCAACGUUAACGCAGCACCAUUCCAGUCCAUGCAAGCGGUGUUUAAUCUGAAUGCCCCAGUUCCUCCGUCAAAUGAUAUGGACUCUCAAAAAAUGUCCAGCCACUACCAGAGUAGCUACAGCCCAGGCUUCAGCAGCCAGUCCACCCAUUCGGUAGAGCAGCAGGAGCUUCAACAGGAACCACUCCAGUCAGUGGUUGGAGCAUUCCACUCUCAAGACCAAGGCAUUCCUUCUUCUGGUGCCCACCAGUCCAUACCUCAGCAGCCCUCGGGCCAAGGCACAGGCUUUGGCCGCCAGACUCAGUCCUUCUACAGUAGCCGAGCUGUGCCACGUGCUGGCCCCAGGAACGCCAGGGGGACUAUGAACGGUUACCGAGGCCCAUCAAAUGGCUUCAGAGGUGGAUAUGAUGGUUAUCGCCCUCCCUUCCCCAACACUCCCAAUACUGGAUAUGCGCAAACCCAGUUCAGCACUCCACGAGACUACUCCAGCAGCACCUAUCAGAGGGAAGGAUAUCAGCCGAGCUUCAAGAGAGGAGCUGCCCAGGGACCUCGAGGUAGCUCUCGAGGACGAGGGGGACCGUACAGGCCCAACAGAGGCAUGGGCACCAUGGCUGUGCAACAGAGCAGCUAACCCCAACCCAAACGAUCCCCUCCAACAUUCAUCAUAUCACUCUUCUCCUCUCCACCUGUGGCUCCCUGGACUCAACCUGAGCUUGCUCUUGAUCUAUGUAGCAAGUAAGGACAAAGAUGUCAGAGAUAGACAACGAUUACGAAGCCAUACCACUUCUAGCGCUGUAUGUUUUAAAGCUUCCCCUCAAUCACAUGCUGUCGCAUAGCCUUAAAUCUCUUACGCAGGAACAUUUGUGCCUUUUGCUUAAUAUGGGCCCCUCUUGUUUUGAACCGGACCAGAAUAGACAAGGAUGCAUAAAAUAUAGCCAAAGGAAGUGUUCAGACAAAUGUGAAGAAUUAACCAUGUACUGUAUUGUAAGUUUUUUGUUUUUCCAUUUAGUGUAUGGGGAAAAUCUGCAUCGUACUGAAUGUGAUCGAAUGAGUGCUUAAUAGAAAUUAAAUUUCUUUGAGUAGCUGUGUUAA